CUGUCAAGCAACCAGAGCUGAGAGAGAUAUUUCAGUAUAAUCCGAGCAUUCCCAGACAUUGGAUCAACUUAAGCGAAACAUGUUUAAAUUGUGUUCGGUAUUAAUUUUCGGACUUAUCUGGAGCACCAGGGCAGACACUUUAGAACCGUACCUGCUCAAGACCCAGAGUUUGCCCUCGGAUCUGAACUUUAUGCCUAGCUUAUCAAAUGGUCAUUUGGGCUAUACGGUUUUUGGCGAUGCCAUUUUUAUGAAUGGGGUAUACAAUGGAGCUACUGGAAACAGUAAGCGUGCUCGUAUUCCCAAUUGGAUAAAUAUAAACACUGAGAUUUGUGAUCGCUUUGGCUGCUUAUCUAAUGAUCAGUCUUAUGACAUCAGCUAUGAAAUGAAUCUCCGUGAUGGCUUCUUUCAAUAUAGAACAAGUUACACCUCCGUUGGUAUUACUCUGGAACAACGCACUUAUCCUCAUCGAUAUUAUAAUAGAGCAUUGGUAUAUGAAGUGCUGGCCAUCAGAAAUAUUUCAGCUACAUUGACUAACUCAACCAAGUACCUUAAGCUGACCCAGCAGCCGGGCAAUCCCAGCGAUGCCUUUGACUUUGUUGUGAUCAACAAUGGAAGCGACGCUGCUGAAGAUUUUCGCAAACUUCGUGGACGCACCAAAGUGUUGGAGUUUGAGAAAUUCCAGCCGAAAAAACACGAGAUUCACGGUUUCAGUGAAUCACUGGAGCAACCGCGUCAACUGACUUGGCCGACAUGGCAGCCGGAGCUACAACAUCGUGUCAUCGUUUCCAUAGACCGUCAACAAAGUGUGGCACUUAAGGAAAUGAAGGAUGUGCUUCAAUUAAAUGAUGUUGCCUUGCUGCAAACUCAAAAAGAUGCCUGGCAUGAGUUCUGGGAUAAAAGAUUCUCCAUUAAAAUCAUUGGCAAUGCAUUGGAGUUGUCCAGGAUUAUCAAUGCUGGCAUCUUUUAUUUGGCUAGCUCGUUGCCAUCUUCGAAUAGCAAUCAACCUAAUGAACCAUACUAUGGACUAAGUCCCACUGGAUUGGCACGUGGUAAUUUAGAGGCGGAUUAUCAGGGUCACAAUUUUUGGGAUACAGAAAUUUGGAUGCUGCCUGUGGUGACACAAUUCGGCUAUGAUUAUGGUAAACUGCUGCUGGAUUAUCGUUACAGGCAUUUGGAAGGCGCCAGAUACAAUGCCAAUCUGACGGGUUACAAGGGUGCCAGAUUUCCCUGGGAAAGCGCCUACACGGGCACGGAGGUAACCAAUCCCUGCUGCCCCGAAGUGGCUCAACAGGAGAUUCACAUCUCCCCAGACAUAUCCUUUGCUUUACAAAAGCUUUUUGCACAAUCCAAUGACUACAACUGGCUGUGUGAGAAGGCCUGGCCCAUAGUUGCCGAGGUGGCCGAGUUCCUGGUCAGCAGAGCGAGCUGUGAGAGGCAGUCAUGUCAUUUUCGCAAUAUUAUGGGUCCAGAUGAGGAUCACGCCAAUAUUGAUGACAACGUGUACACAAAUGCAGUGUCAAAAUUAGCAUUGGAUUUUGCCGCUUGGACAGGUGGCAAGUGUAGCAACAACAACAACACGGAUUUAUAUGAGAAAUGGCGACGGUUAAGGGAUCGUCUGGUGAUACUGCAUGAUGUGGAGUUGGAUUAUCAUCCGCAGCAUUUGGGAUAUCAAUUGAAUGCUAUUGUGAAGCAGGCGGAUACAAUUCUACUCGGAUAUCCACUGCAGUUUGAUACCAGCGCGACACAUUUAAAUGAUUUGCAUUAUUAUGCUAAUGUGACACGGGAGUCGGGCCCCGCCAUGACCUGGUCAAUGUUCGCUGCCAACUAUCUAGCAACAAAGGAGGAUUGGCGUGCACAUAAUUACUUUGCCCGUGGUUAUCAGAGCUAUGUGCGUCCCGAGUUUAAGGUGUGGAGUGAGACACCAAUCGGCUAUGAUGGUUCUGCCAAUUUUCUCACUGGCAUUGGCGGAUUUCUGCAAGCGCUGAUCUUUGGCUAUGGCGGGCUUAACUUUGCCCGAGUUGAUGAUACAUUGCAGCUGCAGCUAGUGACUGCCAAUUUGCCACUCAAUGUGGACCAGGUGCAGGUUAAUUUUAUCCAAUUUGCAGAAAGCAAAUGUAGUUGGAGUUUCCAAUUUGAAAAAUCCACCUUGAACUGCUCGGGUCUGACAAAUCAACACUUUGAGCUGAUCCAGGGCAACAAUCGCACACAACUGGGCAGCAACUUUACUGUUACCCUACAUUUAGGACAUCCGCCGUUGAACAUUCAUCUGAUAAGUUCCGACGGAAAACACGAAACUUAAAGACUUAUAUAUUCACUUUGAAAUAAAAAUACUUUGUAUUGCCAAAUGAAA